AUGUAUCAUUCGAAUGAUUGCCCAUCUUCAUAUGAUUGUCUUUAUGCUGUUUGGGAUUUUGAUCGAAAUUUAAUUACCGAUGCACCUUACAUUCGGAAUUAUUAUCUAAUACCUUACUGCAUAAGAGCACAAGAUGACGAAGAACAAUCAAAAAAUUCGAUUGAUGAAGAUCUUUCAACAAAACUCUAUUUUGCAGACUUAAAACGACAAAAUGUUACAAGUGAACAUUUACUAAAUUGGUCUUUACCGAUCGAUAUCAUUGAAGAUUAUGAGAUGAAUAAUGGAAGUUUUCUUUACAAUUGUUCAUCACCAUGGUUCGGUUCAAAAUGUCAAUACAGAUUUCCUUAUGAUUCGUCAAUGACCUUUAGUCAGAUUGUAAAUGAAACUUUUGUUCGACGAUCAAGAGUCUCAAUGAAAACAGGUACAUGUUACCCUUUUAUUGAGAAUUGUAAUAGUCAAUCGUGGCCGAAUUGUCUCGAUUGGCGCGAAGUUUGUGAUAAGAAACUGCACUGUCCGAAUGGUGAAGAUGAACAAUAUUGUGAAGAACUUGAAAUGAAUCAAUGUAAUGAAAAUGAAUAUCGUUGCCACAAUGGUCAAUGUAUUCCAUUAGAAUUUGCAUGGGAAAGUCUCAGUAGUGUCGAUUGUCUAGAUGGAAGUGAUGAGCGUGACGUUCAUGUUUAUCCAAAUGCUGGUCGGCCUUCAACGUAUAACUUUAAUUGUAUAAAUUUACCAAUAUUUCGAUGCGAAGAGCGAACUACACGAUAUCCGCAACAAUAUUCAUGCGGCGACGGUCAAUAUACGCAUGGUAUAUUUACGCGAUUAAACAUCGCGACAUGCCGAAACAAUCGCGAUGGAGAAAUGAUGCGACAGUUGUUUGAAUCGUUAGAUCAUAUUAAAGAGAAGGAUUGUCGACAAGCAUUUUACUGUUCACUUCAUAUCAAUGAAAUAUCGAGCAAAAGAAUGCUAUCUAAACAAUGCGAAUCAUUAAGAGAAAAGUGUGCAUCGGAAUGGUUAGUUUUACCGCAAAGCGCAACUAUGCUUGGAUAUUUUCAAUUGAUCUAUUUUACUAAUCGUUCAGUCGAAGAAUUCGAAGAAAAUAUUCAACCUGAUCUCAUUUGUUUUAACAUAAACAAAUGUCCUGUUUUUAAAGAUCGAGUGGAUAACCAUGAAAUAAUCAACGAUUUGACUUGUAGUUCGGCAUCAAAUUUAACAAUGGAAUAUCAAAUAUACAGGUUGAAUGGUUUAUUAUUGAGUCUUCAUCAUAUUAUUAAACAAUGUUUAACCACCGAUACGAAAGAUUUUUGUGAUAAUUCGAUGCAAUUUCAUUGUAAUGAAUCAAGAAAAUGUAUUUCAUAUCAUCGUAUUCAAGAUAGUCAUCAAGAUUGUAUUCAUGGCGAAGAUGAAUAUUAUUCUGCUUGCCCAUUCAAUGAUACACGUCGAUAUCAGUGUCCACUUGGCGGCUAUAGAUGUUUGUCACCUGUUGCGAUUGGUAACGGUUUUCGAGACUGUGGAAGUAAAGAUGACGAAGAGAUUCAUUCGAAACAAGAUUUUAAUAGGACAAAAUUAUAUUCACAACUUUGUCUUGGCCAGGCGGGGCAACGUCUAUACAUCGCUCCUCAUCGAGAUAGAAAGUUUUGUGAACUGUGGCCAUGUAAUAAUCCAUAUGUUAAAUGCGAUAAGAUCUGGGAUUGUUCGAAUGGUAUUGAUGAAUUAAAUUGUCCUUAUUCGAAUUGUUUGUCUAAUGAACAUGAAUGUUACGAUGAUCAAUCAAGAUUAACUCACUGUUUGCCAGCUAGUCAAAUAGUCGAUGACAUUCAAAGUCUUUGUGUGUCUCAGUUCGGUCGAGCGCUCUACCUCAACAAUGGAAGUGCUGAUGUCAACGAAAGUGCAUAUUACCCAUGGAAUAAAACUAAAUGCUUCUUUUGGGACAAUAUAUGUCGGCAAGAACAAAUGGUAAGCAUAACGAACAACAAUGGUAUAUGCUUAUAUGAUCCAGUGUUAAGUCCUAAACUUAAAAACAAACAUCCGAUAGUACUAUUUGAUACACAACAGAAACUUUGCCAUUUGGAUAUUGACAUGCUUCGCGAUCGUAGACAAUCAGUUUUAAUGGCAUCAAGGUUAGGUAAUUAUCCGCGUGUAAAUUCGUCAUCUUCUGUUCGACAUCAAUCUACAAUUGAGAAAGAGAACAACAUUUAUUACCCUAUGGAUAUAUCCGAGACAUGGUUUUGUAAUCGCGGUAUUCUCAUUUUAUCUGGGCAAAACCAGACGAAAGCUUGCCUUUGUCCGCCAAGUUAUUUUGGAUCUCGAUGUCAAUGGCAAAAUCAACGAGUUAGUCUUACAAUUCACUUUAUCUUGCCGCAUACAACAUCUGUUGCAAGUAGCUUUCAAGUGAUUAUUAUGUUGAUUGAUGAACAAAAUAAAAUCGUUGGUAAACAUGAAGAAAUUCUCUUUGUACCAAUUCGAGAUUGUGGAGCAAAGUUUCACCGUUAUCUUUUAUAUCCACAACGACCAAAGUCUCCUUCAACAAUUUAUUCAAUUCAUAUUGAUCUCAUCGAUAAAGUUGCAUUGGGCCAUUGGACGAGUUGGUACUUACCCAUUCCAUUUCAAUUUCUUCCUGUCAAUCGAAUAUCAACACAACUGAUUAUUCCAAAAGAACGAGCAUAUUAUCCAUGUCUUUUGCAAUGUGGUUUACAUGGUCGAUGUCUUCGAUAUACAAACAAUCAGUCGAAAUAUUUCUGCCAUUGUGAUCAAGGUUAUUCAGGUCCGUUUUGUAAUCAAUCGUAUCGAUGUUUAUGUUCAAAAGAAUCUUAUUGUCAUUCACCAAAUAUUUGUGUUUGUCCGCUAAAUCGAUUUGGAUCAAAAUGUUCUUUACAACGGCCAAUUUGUUCAUUAGAAAACAAUCCAUGUCAAGAAGGAGGAUUGUGUACUCCUCAAGAUGAUCGAAUUGAUUUACAUGGUUAUUCCUGUUACUGUAAAGAACAUAAUUUCGGACCGCUUUGUCAAUAUUCGAGUUCACGCAUACUUCUCGAACUAGAUCAAACGAUUUCAGCUAGCUCCCCAUUCGUUUUCUUACAUUUUAUUACAAUAUUCGAAGAAACAGCACAUGAACACACAACUAUUAUCAAGAGAAUUCCAAUUGACGAAAAUGCAAUUUCAUUUUAUGUUGCCAAACAAUUCAAUCUUAUAUUUAUUCAAUUAAUCGAUCAAAGUUAUUAUCUAGGGAUUGUUCGAGAAAAGUAUAUUCCAAUGGAAAAUAUUCGCGGACAAGUUACAUCCAAACAAUAUUGUCCUUAUGUUAAACAAUAUUUAAAUCAGGAUUGGCCUCAUGCCGAUUAUUCACUCGUCGAGGAUUCGCUUCGUGUCAAUAUGACAUUACUUCAAUAUGAAUCAGUUGAUCAUCCGAAGUUUUAUUCAUUUAUAUGUCGACAACAACGUCAUUUGAUGUGCUUCUAUGAUGAACAGCUACUUUGCGUCUGUAAUCUUGAUCGUUUUGCUAAUUGUUUCGAAUUUAAUCGUACAGUUGAUAAAACUUGUCAAGGACAAAACGAUUGCGAGAAUCAUGGCGAAUGUUUUCAAAAUAAUCAAACAUGUGCAACACGAUCGAUCUGUGCUUGUAAAGAUUGUUACUAUGGUGGAAAAUGUCAAAUGUCAACAAAAGGAAAUCUUCUCUCACUUGAUCCAAUUAUCGGUUAUUACAUUAAACCAAAUCGUUCAUUUUAUUCUCAACCAGUGAUCAUUAAAAUCACAAUGGGUAUAACUCUUGGCAUAUUCGUUCUAGGUCUAAUCGAUGUUCUAUUAUCGAUUUUGACAUUUCAUAUGAAAAACCCUCGAGAAGUGGGCUGUGGAUAUUAUUUGUUGGCAUCAUCGAUUGUUUCAUUCUUUAUGAUCAUUAUGUUGGGAAUGAAGUUCCUUUAUUUGAUUCUUUCACAAAUGAACACAAUUCACAAUGAAUUUCAUUCAUUAUUCGCUUGCAAAUCCAUUGACAUGGUUUUAAAAUCAUUAUUAACCUCGAAUGAAUGGAUUAUUGCUUGUGUGGCGAUUGAAAGAGUAGUUAAUACACGAAGUGGUCCCAAGUUUGACAAAAUCAAAAGUGUUCAAUUAGCAAAACGAGUUAUUCCAAUUGUGAUUGGUUUAGUAUUACUUUCUCAUGGACAUGAUACGUAUUAUCGAGAAUUAAUCAAAGAUUUCGAUGACGAUGAUCGACGAAUUUGGUGUUUUGUUCGAUAUCCACCUGUUGUCAAUAUGUAUAAUAGCUUCAUUACUCUUCUUCAUUUUCUUGGGCCGUUUAUCGUCAAUCUAACCUCUGCAAUAAUGAUUAUCAUUUUGGUCAUCCGUAGUCGAUCAAAUCUUCAGAAAAAUAAAUCAUAUUCUCAACAUUCCAAAGAACAAUUAAGCCGACAUAAACAUUUGCUAAUUUCUCCGUUAACAUUAGUUCUAUUAGGAACACCUCGUUUAAUACUUUCGUUUCUUAGCGGAUGUAUGAAAACGCCGCGUGAACCAUGGUUUUAUAUUAUCGCUUAUUAUUCGCCGUUUGUACCAUCAAUUUUAACAUUCUCGACAUUUGUAUUACCAUCGGAAACUUAUCGAAAAGCAUUUCAAACUGCUAUCUAUAAGCAAGUUGUUCGAAUUCGAUCAACAUUUUUCUCAUGA